AUGGCAGAAACUUCUGCGACGACUCCUGCGACGAAUACGGCGCCAGCCAACGCAGCUUCACAUGACACCACGGCACCUGCUGCGCCGCCGCUCGAACGCAGCGAGGAUGAACGGCAUCUCCAGUCUAUAUUCCCUGACCUGGACGAAACAACCAUUCAUGAUUGCUAUGUACUAUGCGAGCGAAAUGUAGAAAGGACGGUCGAGUUUUUGUUAGGAACGGAUCAGAACGACGCACCGAGCAACACCAACGCUGUACCAGCUGGCAUGUCUCAAAGUGAAAUUGACGAGCAAUUAGCGCGGCAAUUUGAGCAGGAAGAGCUAGCUGCUGCUGCUGCGGCGUGGAAUCCUCGGCCCGUGGCCGCGCCCGCUCCCAAUGCCCGUCCUUUCAACCAAGAUAGUCAUGUCCAAGGGUCUCAAGCUACACCAGAAUCCAACGAGCCCAACUUUCAGGAGCAAUUCAACAAGUUUGCAGAGACUGGGAAGAAGACGAUAACUUCAAUAUUCAACAAAGUGAGGGAAAAAAUCAAGGAAUUCGAAGCGCCUCCCCCUGGUGGCCCUUCUAACCCACAGAUGCAACAACAUCAGCAACAGCAUUAUCAGUACUACGCACCCGAACCCGUCUCACCACGACCCAAUGUGCAGACCCAAGGUAACUCCCCAACACCGUACCAGUCAGCCUAUGCCCCGCCAGCUGUGCCACCUCCUGGAGCUACAGAGUCACACCAAGCACCCAUCCCUGGCCCUUCAGCAUCAUCCAGUGUGGCAGCUCCAGUAGCGGCGGAUAACCCUGUGACUUUGACGAAUUCUCCGUCCACUGCCACACCGAAUAUUGAUCUUUCCAAAACCGCGUUCCUUCCCAGAAAGCCUGCGCCGUUGCCAGAGAACAAACCAGAAGAUUUAACAGAGAGUCCUUUUGAGGACAGAGGUCGCUAA